UCUUAUUGGUGGCUGAGGUUUGGGACCGUUUCAUUUCCGAGCCUACGUUCAAAGUAACGCUGCAGUGGUGUGAGGAGACAUGCGGUCGGGUUCGUUCUGAUCCUGGUUCUGCUCCGGAUCGCGUGCACGUGCGCAUCCUGACAUAACACGAGUUCCAGCAGUUAGGUAACGCCGCCGCGGUCAUGUAGCGGCUAAGCUAACGGCUAGCGCUCAGCAGGUGUCUCGCGCCGCUAAGUCAAUGGUCACUUCCUGCAGGCUCCGGCUCGUCGUGCGUCAUUUGUUCAGCGGUCGGAUGGGAGAGAUGGCCUCCAAAGCCCAGAUGCCGACUCCAGACACAGCGCUCCCCGGCCGCACCGACAGCAUCAAAGUCUCCGCCAAGCACCACGUGAGCGGCAGCAGCACGGUUCCUCCGUUCCCCAACGGCACCGACGUGGUCGUGUUCGGCAUGGGCUGUUUCUGGGGAGCGGAGAGGAAGUUGUGGAGGCAGAAGGGCGUGUACUCCACGCAGGUGGGCUACGCCGGCGGCUUCACGGCCCACCCCACCUACCGGGACGUGUGCUCAGGUCAAACGGGCCACGCUGAGGUGGUCCGGGUCGUCUUCUAUCCAGAGCAGGUCAGCUUCUCCAGCCUCCUCAAGGUGUUCUGGGAAAACCACGACCCGACUCAAGGGAUGCGACAGGGCAACGACGUGGGGACGCCGUACCGCUCGGCCAUUUACGCCUGCACGGAGCAGCAGCUGCAGGAAGCGCUGGCCUCCAAAGAGCAGUACCAGCAGGUUCUGACGAAGGAAGGUUUUGGAACCAUCACCACAGAAAUAUCCAAAGGCCACACGUUCUACUACGCUGAAGACUACCAUCAACAGUACCUGAGUAAAAACCCCGCCGGCUACUGCGGCCUGGGGGGCACGGGCGUCUCCUGCCCCAUAGGACUCAGGACGGCGUCCUAGACCCAGCGGCCGCGCAGCCGCCGAAGGCGAUCAGUAACAGUGUGAUUUGGCUGUUACUCUACAUGUUUAAUGCUGCGAUCUGAAAUCACAUUGUAUCAGAUUCUUGUUAAUUAUAUGAAGAAACGUUCAAAUUCUCAGCAGAAAACGAUGGCGAAAAUCGUUUGCCAUAAUUUCCUGACUCUCCUUUCACAUUAUUACACACAAAAAUAACAACUUUUUAAAUCUUCAUGGGAGAAUACGGCUUCCGUGCAAGAGACUGGAUUUGGUUGCUGUGAAGUUGAACCUGUGAAAAUGAUGGAACCCGUACAUUAUUAGAGGAUGAAAUGCAGUGAAAUGAAGCCCACCUGUGAGAUAGGUGAGACAUUAACAUUAGUAAGAUCUGUCCACGCACAUUAACUCAAAGUUUCCCAUUUUUAAUAUGAUGAAUGUAUGUAAUAUAAUGAAUAACUACUGCACAUGUGCACAGAACGCUUCACAAAACAAGGAAUAAAGCUUGAAAUCAGGA